AUGGGCAACUGCCUAAGGUGUAGAAACAUUGAGUCAUCAUCUGACGUGAGAAAUAACGAUGCACAACGUAGAUCUGAAAGUGAAGCACAUCGAAAUCGUCUACCCCCAUACUAUGAGAAUGAUCCUAUUAUGCAUCCUACCCCUGGUGUUUCACGGCCAAUGUCCCAGUUGACUGAAGAGGAACAAGUAAGAAUCGCUACUCGCAUGGGCUUGAUUUCUACACUGCCACUGUUCAAAUUCGAUGAGUCGAAAAGGGAAAAGCUGUCCGAAUGUAUAAUAUGUAUGUGUGAAUAUGAGGAAGGUGAAGAACUUCGAUAUCUUCCAUGUUUACACACCUAUCAUCGGAUCUGUAUAGAUGAUUGGCUUAUGCGAGCACUAACAUGUCCAUCUUGUUUAGAAGAGAUUCGUCCCAAUUCUCCAGCAAAAGUUCAUUCUAACAACGAUAGUCAAACAGUCACUGUCAAUGGUUCUUCAGAGAUGACUACUUGUACUCCAACAAUUGAAGCUUCUAUUCCUACUUCAUGCUCUCAACAACGACAGGAUAGUCGACCUAUAAAUGAGUCUCGGGGACCUUGUAUUACUGAAUUACGUUCUAGAAAUAUACGCUCUAAUUCCUCUAGUCACUCUCAAACUAUGCAUCGUUUGAUAUUGGGCAAACUAAAAAGUCAUAAUAACAGUAGUGGUGGAGAUAUUUCAGAUAUUCUAAACACUUCACCAACAAGUGUUCAUCCUCUUCCUUCUAAUCCUCAGCCUCAUUAUCAUCGACGUACACGAUCAAUUGGUUCUAGUAGACGAUCUCAUUCUGUGCAUACUCCCAGUGCAAAUUUGCUUGAUACUUAUCGUCGAGGUAAUAGUGUAACAGCUAUUGAUAUGAUUUAUCCUGUACAAUCAAGUGAAGAUAACUUGUUGUCAUCAGUGUUACCAACUAAUCAAAGUGAUUUUCCUAGUCCAAUAAAUACACUGACUCAUCCAACUGUUUUACGACAAUUAAAUGGUGAUUCAAACGAGACUCAACCACAUUAA